CAUUCUGCUGUGCCAGGCGGGGUGGUGGCAAUGGGCAAUGGGGUGCCGUGGUGGUCUCGGCUGGUGUUUUCACUCCCCGCUGCUCCAUGCGGCGAACAAUUGGUGUUAAUCACCAAGAAGAUUGUAUGCUAGGAUAAAGUAACAACUACUCCCUGCCCCAGUAGCAGCGGCGGUUUUUCCUGGCGCUAUGGAAAUUCUGAUGACUCCCGAUUAUUACGUGAUCGUCGAUGGUGAAGAAACCCUGUGGUGCAGCCGCAUUGAUGGGAAGCUGGAAGCACGAAAACGAUCCCAACUGCAUCAACUGACAGAUCCUGUCUGCUUGGGCACAGUCUGUGGAAUAAUAGGAAAAUUCCAGCCGCAUCCAGACUCAGACCAGCGGCUGGUCCUUAUACGACAAACAAGUCUCAUAGGAUCCCUGCCUGGAAAUCACCAAGUCUUUAAGGUUAACAAGGUUGUUCUGGUGCCACUCUCAGUCCACGAAGCCCCAGAACUGGAGAUGGAGCCAUGCAGCAAGCACCCAUCAAGCUGGAGAAGGCCUGACCGAAGCCCUGCCUCAGAGUUACAGCAGCGAGCUUUCCAGAAAACAUGGCAAACCAUUAAAACUGCCACAGCUCAAGUCAAGCCACGCAAGACUGUGCAGAAUCGAGAGCGGGACAAAUAUGAGCGGAGGCUGCUGGAUGAACUCUUGAAGAUGUUCAAUGACACAGACUCAUUUUACUUCUCUCCGACUGGUGACCUGACCAACACAAUGCAACGCCAAGUGGAGCAGCCACAACACCCUGCAGAUAUGCCCCAUUGGAAAAGGCUGGAUGAUAGAUUUUUUUGGAACCGUGAAAUGCUUCAUGAUUUGACAGAAAUUGAGGGUGGUGACCACUGGAUUUUACCUGUUAUUCAAGGCUUUGUGCAAGUUGAGCACUGCCAGCUUGACCCCACUGACGACAACCAAACUGAAGCAGCACUUGGACAAGACAGUUCAGGGGCCUGGUUUGAUGUGCAAAGUGCUGCGCGACCAUUGGCCAAGGAAUUCACUAUGACCUUAGUGUCGCGACGAAGUCGUUACCGGGCAGGAACACGUUACAAGCGGCGAGGGGUGGAUGAAAUGGGCAAGUGCGCCAACUAUGUGGAGACUGAGCAAAUUUUUGAGCAUGCUGCCCAUGUGGUGUCAUUCGUGCAAGUGCGUGGCUCGGUGCCCGUCUUCUGGAGUCAACCUGGCUAUAAGUAUCGUCCACCUCCACGCCUUGACAGGGAUGAAGAAGAAACAAAACAAGCCUUUGAAAAACACUUCGCUGAGCAGAUAGCACUUUAUGGCAGCCAGGUUAUAAUCAGCCUUGUAGAACAAAGUGGAAAAGAAAAACUCCUUGCAGAUGCAUACCUGAAUCAUGUUCUUCACCUGGACUGCCCCGAACUGACUUACGUCAGCUUUGACUUUCAUGAAUAUUGCAGAGGUAUGCGUUUUGAGAAUGUUUCAGUUCUCAUCGACGGUAUCAAGGACUUGAUACGUGACAUGCGAUACUGCUGGUUGGACCAACAGGGACUUAUAUGUGGUCAGAGAGGUGUAUUUCGAGUGAACUGCAUUGACUGCUUGGAUAGAACAAAUAUUGUGCAAACAGCCAUUGCCAAGACUGCCAUGGACACUCAGUUUGUUCGACUGGGCUUGCUGCCACCUGAGGGAGUGCUGCCUACAGCUUGCCGGCGCAUUUUCCAAAUGUUAUGGGCCAACAAUGGGGACAUUAUCAGCCGCCAGUAUGCAGGCACAGUAGCUCUCAAGGGAGACUUCACAAGGACGGGUUCCAGACGCCUGGCAGGGAUGAUGAAAGAUGGCUACAACUCCGCCAACAGGUACUAUGUGAACCGGUUCAAGGACGCCUACCGACAGGCCACCAUUGACCUAAUGCUGGGCAAUCCAAUCACGGAGGACUUUAUGGCAGUCAGCCCAGAGCAGGAGGAUGAGCCUGUACUGGAAAUGCAGGAUCAGGAGCACCAAGAGCAUGUUAAGCAGUUGAUAGAGCACUGCAAGAAGAUGCUGAUUCCUGAGAGUGAGGUGGUGUUAGGAGGAUGGGCUCUUAUUGAUGCAGACCCUGUCACUGGUGAUCCUGGACAGGCCGACAUGGACUCCAUUCUGGUGCUGACCAAAGACUCAUAUUAUGUGGCUGAGUAUGAUGACCAAACAGACCGUAUUACCAAAUACCAAAGAGUGUUCCUAGAGGACCUUGAGAAAAUGGAACUAGGUCCUGAACCGUCUCUCUUCAAGUCAAGACACUAUUGUAUUCGUUUCCAUUAUCUGGUUAACGGACAGAGUGGCUAUUUUCACAUGUUUAGGUCAACAGGAACUCGCUUCUUCAAUAAUGUGGCUGUUCCCAUCAGUGGAGAAGAAGAAACCAUUGAGUCACUGAAGGCCAUCUGUGAGUCCUUCAAGGUGGCACUGAGUGUUAAGUCACUGAGUGUACCACUGUUUGAGGGUAAACUGGAGCGGCGCCGCAGCAAGCUGCCCUUCGUCCAGGGCGAGCGACCAGGGAGCCUGGGCUUGGCUCCUCUGGGGGUCAUGACACGCAACAUGUCUGAAGGUCAGCUGAUGGCCUUUGUGAGUGUGGGCUCACGCGCCCUCAGCAAUGUGACUUCACAGUUCGCCCGGCUUAACCCCAUGCGCAGUGUGCGUGGUCUGGCCAAACGCCCUGCUGCUGCACUAGGGGCACUCACCGAGGGCUCCUUUCAGGUGGACAGCUCGUCAGACUCGGAGGAAGACUCAGCACGCUGGCUGCGACAGCCACUGCCAGCCACCGAGCGUGCACUGAGCUCUGAUUACUCAAGCGAUUCGGAUGCGCCAGAGCCAGGACAUGAUGCACUGCUAGAGAGCUGUGGCAUUCUGGCCACAAGCCCUGGUUUGGCCAACUGCGAGCAAAGAUCACCUGCCCGUCAGGCUGUGGACAUUGAUGAUUUUGUACUAGAUGCCAUGCGCCGUGCUUCACUACGCCAACCCAAGAUCCAGUCAGCUGCUCUGGCACCACAAAUUCAGGUGAGCGGAGAGAGUCCCGUAGAAGCACCUACUGGAGGCCGCUUGCGCCAGCUGUCGAAAUCCUCAGAGGAGCUGGAAAGUCGGCCUGCCAGCACCUCACCGGGAAAUCUGUCAAGACUGUUUGUGCUCGAGGAAGGCCCUCGUGAGCCAGCAAAAAUGAAAAUGUCGCACAGUGAGAGUGCCAUUCAAGAUUUUUCGCUUCCUGGUCCGAGUCCAGUGUCCUCGCCUAUUGUCAUCAAAAAAGAUCUGGUGCUGUCGCCCUUGUCGCGCAUUGCUAAGGGUGUGCAGACCUUGGGCUUAAACCUACGGCCGGCGGCUAUUGUGGGACGUCGUGCGCAACUGCCCAUGGAGAGCGAAGCUCUGCAACAGCGCAAGCGAGCCUGCCGCUCACAAAUCAUAGAGCUCUGAUGCUACACAUUAGGCCAGCUACUACUCUCCAAGGGCAGUGUGCACCAGUGUGCAAGUACCAUUUCAGAGCUUGCAGUCACAAAAAUUCCAUUUCUGGUCAUGUGGCAGCCUGGUCAGCUUCUGAGAACUGUCACAGCUAGCACCCAUCAUGCACCCUUGAAAUCAAUGACUCUUCUUGCACCUGUAGGCUUAGCAACAGGGAUGGCCCAUUCAUGAAAACAUCAGAUAUCUUUUUAAAAAUGUCAAUUACGAAAUAUGCAGUAGUGGCUAUCCCGAGCCCUUUUUCUUAGCUCUGUCUAAAGCUCAAAUCAGUGUCCAGCCUAGUCUGUCACCAACCUGCAUAUUCCUACUUACAAACCAUUUCCCAGCCUAGGUGACAGCUGCUACUUCCUUGGGCCAGCCUUAGGCAUGUUGCACACAGUGGAAUGAAUCCAACAGUCAGUACAGCAUGCCUGACAGCUUUUACGGAGCACUUGCUGCAGUUGUGUACAUAAUUUGUUGCAGAAAGUUUGUAUAAUCAUGUACUCAAAUUUGUACCAUGCAUGUUUUCAUCAUAUGAGGAUGUGUGUUCAUGUACCGUACAGUUGGUGUGCCCUGUGCCUGUAGUUUCCUUUCCCACCUGCUAAUGCAGAAGUUUAUUUAGUUACCAGCGUUUGUUUGGAGACAUUUAUGGGUGCAUUUAUCACUGAACACAUUCCACGUCUUUGCCAUCUUAAGCCACAGUAAUUCUGGACCAAGCAAGCUGCAGCAACCGGGACUGCUGGCAAAAACGAAUACUCAGCCACAUAGGCAUCACCUCUGUCACAUAAUCAUGUUCUCAUCUAGCUUGGUAUAGGCCUUUCUUGCAAUAUCAAGCAGCAUGGCAAUUCCUCAAAUUU